GUUCCUCGGCUUCGGCGGAGCGGCCCGGAGCGCGUCCGCCGGAGGAGAGGGCCAGGUGGAAGAGCACCUGACGGGAGAAGAGGAGGAGCGGGGAAGGGACAAUUCUGCCGCCAACAUGCAGCGAACUAUCAUGUCAUUUUUCCACCCCAAGAAAGAGGGCAAAACAAAGAAACCAGAGGAGACCUCCAACAGCAUCAGAGAGACAGAGCCCCCUCCAAAGGUGGCGCUGAAGGAGCGGAAUAGAGCGGUGCCAGAGAGCGAAUCUCCAGUGAAGAGGCCGGGGAGGAGGGCGGCCCGGGUCCUGUGCAGCGAUGGGGAGGAGGAUGAUGAUGAAGCCAUCACGCCCCCUAAAGGCCAGAAGCCUGCCCCCGACUCCCCACAAGUGUCCCCUCCCAGUCCCGUCACGGUUCCCGAGAGCAGCCCUGCCCUCUCCAGCACGUCUCCGGUGCACAUCUCCCCGUCUGGGAUCCCCAAGCGUCGCACAGCUCGGAAGCAGCUUUCUAAACGGACGAUUCAGGAUGUUCUCGAAGAGCACAACGAGGACAAGGAGAGAAAAACCAAGAGGAAGAGGGAGGAAGAAGAAGCAGAGACCCCAAGAGAAAGCCUCCCAGAGCCAGAAGGAGCCAAAGAGAAGGAAGCAGAAGAGGGGGACCUGCCGCCGACGCCCUCUGAGCCCCAGGACACCUGCAAAGCGGAGGUCCUGGCAGAAAGCAGCUCAGAGCCUGAGGCCCGGGACCAGGACCAGGCGAAGCCUCCCCCGAGAGUUCCCAAGGCGCUGAGCAGUUUCUUCACUCCCCGGAAGCCAGCAAUCAAAAAGGAGGUGAAAGAAGCGGAGCCUGGCACCCCACGAAAGGAGGAGCCCAAGGGACUCUCCCACUCGGAUGUGAGCUCCAGCCCGCUGGACCCAUCCAGCUACAACCCUGCGAAGAACAACUACCAUCCCGUCCAUGACGCGUGCUGGAAGCAGGGCCAGAAGGUCCCUUACCUGGCUGUGGCCCGAACUUUUGAGAAGAUCGAGGAGGUUUCUGCUCGGCUCCGGAUCGUGGAGAUGCUGAGCAACUUGCUUCGCUCCGCGGUGGCCCUGUCACCUCCAGACCUCCUCCCCAUCCUCUACCUCAGUCUCAACUGCCUGGGGCCACCCCAGCAGGGCCUGGAGCUUGGUGUCGGAGAUGGUGUCCUCCUCAAGGCGGUGGCACAAGCCACAGGCCGGCAGCUCGAGUCUGUCCGGGCUGAGGCAGCCGAGAAGGGCGAUGUGGGGCUGGUGGCCGAGAACAGCCGCAGCACCCAGAGACUCAUGCUGCCCCCGCCCGCCCUCACCGCCUCCGGGGUCUUCGCCAAGUUCCGAGACAUCGCCCGCCUCACCGGCAGUGCUUCCACAACAAAAAAGAUGGACAUCAUCAAAGGCCUCUUCGUUGCCUGCCGCCACUCGGAAGCCCGGUUCAUUGCCAGAGCCCUGAGUGGACAGCUGCGCCUCGGGCUGGCGGAGCAGUCGGUGCUGGCCGCCCUCGCCCAGGCUGUGAGCCUCACGCCCCCAGGCCAAGAAUUCCCCCCGGCUGUGGUGGAUGCUGGGAAGGGCAAGACAGCAGAGGCCAGAAAGACGUGGCUGGAGGAGCAAGGCAUGAUUCUGAAGCAGACGUUCUGCGAGGUGCCCGACCUGGACCGGAUCGUCCCUGUGCUGCUGGAGCACGGCCUGGAGCGGCUCCCGGAGCACUGCAGGCUGAGUCCAGGGGUCCCCCUGAAACCAAUGUUGGCCCACCCCACCCGGGGUGUCAGCGAGGUCCUGAAACGCUUUGAGGAGGCCGCCUUCACCUGCGAGUACAAAUACGACGGGCAGAGGGCACAGAUCCAUUUUCUAGAAGGCGGGGAGGUGAAGAUCUUCAGUAGGAAUCAGGAAGACAACACCGGGAAGUACCCUGACGUCAUCAGCCGCAUCCCCAAGAUAAAACUCCCGUCAGUCACAUCUUUCAUUCUGGACGCGGAAGCGGUGGCUUGGGACCGGGAAAAGAAGCAGAUCCAGCCGUUCCAAGUGCUCACCACCCGCAAACGCAAGGAGGUGGACGCAGCGGAGAUCCAGGUGCAGGUGUGUUUGUACGCCUUCGAUCUCAUCUAUCUCAAUGGAGAGUCUCUGGUACGCGAGCCCCUCUCCAGGCGCCGGCAGCUGCUCCGGGAGAACUUUGUGGAGACAGAGGGUGAGUUUGUCUUCGCCACCUCGUUGGACACCAAGGACACAGAGCAGAUCGCCGAGUUCUUGGAGCAGUCGGUGAAAGACUCCUGCGAGGGGCUGAUGGUGAAAACCCUGGACGUCCAUGCCACCUACGAGAUUGCCAAGAGGUCGCACAACUGGCUCAAGCUGAAGAAGGACUACCUGAACGGAGUGGGCGACACCCUGGAUCUCGUGGUGAUCGGCGCCUACCUGGGCCGCGGGAAGCGGGCCGGCCGCUACGGGGGCUUCCUGCUGGCCUGCUACGACGAGGAGAGCGAGGAGUUCCAGGCCAUAUGCAAGCUCGGCACUGGCUUCAGCGACGAGGAGCUGGAGGAGCACCACCGGAGCCUCCAGGCCCUGGUGCUGCCCGCCCCGCGCUCCUACGUCCGGGCAGACGGUGCUGUGGCCCCCGACCACUGGCUGGAGCCCAGCAUCGUAUGGGAGGUCAAGUGCGCCGAUCUCUCCCUCUCCCCCAUCUACCCUGCUGCCCGGGGCCUGGUGGACAGUGAGAAGGGGAUCUCCCUUCGCUUCCCUCGGUUUAUUCGCAUUCGUGAGGACAAGAAGCCGGAGGCGGCCACCACCGGUGCCCAGGUGGCCUCUCUGUACAGGAAGCAAAGUCAGAUCCAGAACCAGCAGGGCGCAGACGCGGACUCCGACCUGGAGGGCUUCUACUAGACCCUGUCCCGCUGGGCCCGGGCGGGCGCCUGGGGCGUGGCCUCCGCUGAGCAGGCCUGGCGUGCAGGCAGAGUGUGUGCAGUGUGUGCAGUGUGUGUGCGGGCUGGUUUAA